AUGGUAUUGAAUACAGAUUACACACCAAUCCCACUACAUGACACAAAAUUAUUCAAGCCAUUAAAAGUUGGUAACACUACAGUGGAACACCGUGUUGUUAUGGCACCUUUAACAAGAAUGAGAGCCCAUUUCCCUGGUCACGUUCCCAACAAAGAUUGGGCCGCUGAAUACUACGAUCAACGUUCUAAGAGAAAAGGUACCAUGAUCAUCACUGAAGGUGUUAACCCCUCUGAACAAUCAGGUGGGUACGAUAACGCACCAGGUAUCUGGUCCCCCGAACAAAUUGAACAAUGGUCCAAGAUCUUCGAUAGGAUUCAUAAGAACGGAUCCUUCGUUUGGCCACAAUUAUGGGUUUUAGGAAGACAAGCAUUCCCUGAUUCAUUAGCAAGAGAUGGACUACGUUAUGACUCUGCAUCUGAUAAUUUGUAUAUGGAUGAUGAAAUGAAGGAAAGGGCUAUUAAAUCUAACAAUCCACAACAUGGUAUCACUAAGAGUGAAAUUAAACAAUACGUUAAAGAUUAUGUUCAAGGUGCCAAAAAUGCUGUCGAAGCAGGCGCAGAUGGUGUAGAAAUUCAUAGUGCAAACAGUUAUUUGUUGAAUCAAUUCUUAGAUCCUAUAUCUAAUCAUAGAACUGAUGAAUAUGGUGGUUCCAUUGAAAACAGAGCUCGUUUUGCUUUGGAAGUAGUUGAUGCAUUGAUUGAAGCCGUUGGUCAUGAAAGAGUCGGAAUUAGAUUGUCUCCAUGGGGAAGAUACGGUGGUAUGUCUGGUGGUUCUGAUCCAACUUUAUUAGCCCAAUAUUGUUACGUUGUUGGUGAACUAGAGAAAAGGGCGAAACUUGGUAAACGUAUCGCCUAUAUUCAUUUAGUUGAACCUCGUGUUACUGAUUGGUCUGAUGAAGGUAAGAAAGUUCCAGAAGAUGAUGGUACCAAUGAUUUCAUUUAUUCUAUUUGGAAGGGACCAGUCAUUAGAGCUGGUAUGUUCCCAGCUAAUGCUGAUGCCAUUACUAAGGUUGUCGCUAACGACCAAACUUUAAUCGGUGCUGGAAGAUAUUUCAUUUCAACUCCAGAUUUAGUUGAUCGUUUAGAUAAAGGUUUACCAUUGAAUAGAUAUGAUAGAAGCAGUUUUUAUAGUUUUACUGCGGAAGGUUACAUUGAUUUGCCAACUUAUGAUGAAGCUAUCAAGGCUUCAUCAUAA